AUGACAACCAACAAUCCCAGAGCUGGCUGGGAGAUAGUUGGCGACCAGUUCUACCGAAAGGUCCCCCUGUACGAGUCCAUAUUUGAUCAGGAUCUCGAACUUGAGAACUACCUUGUUGCAGGUGCACCGUAUGGCGGCGCGCUGGCAUUAUGGCGAGACACCACCAAGGUCGCACGGUAUCGAACAGGCCAAUCGAUCAAACCCACCAUUGACAUCUAUUCCUCGUCUGGAAAGCUCAUCAGCAACAUCAACUGGGAGAAAGGCGUGAUCAAAGGCCUUGGCUGGUCGGACGAUGAGAAGCUCUUGGUCGUAACGGAAGACGGCACUGUCCACUGCUACUUCGGGCUCCAUGGCGACUUUCAACCUUUCUCGCUUGGACACGGUGCAGAGGAGUUCGGCGUCGUCUCGUGCCGGUUUUGGUCGCAUGGUUUCGUCGCUUUACUUUCCAAUAAUUCGUUGGUGGCAGUUUCGUCGUUCGAAGAGCCCAGACCGAGGUUGCUUGCUCAAGCGCCGGAAGGGGAGGUCCACUCCUGGUCCCUCAUUCCACCAGCAUACACACUUUCUAGGUCCGUCGAGGUGCUACUCGCAAUAGACAAGACAAUUUAUGUUGUGGAUGUCACCGAAGCCGAAGAUCGAGGACUAUCCGAUGGCCCGUUCAAGCACGUCAGCGUUUCACCUAACGGGCGAUUUGCAGCAUUGUUCACUGAGGAUGGCAAAGUGUGGGUUGUCGGCAGUGACUUCCAAAACAAAUACAGCGAAUACGACUCAAAGGCGAAGACUACACCGAGGCAGAUAUACUGGUGUGGAAACGACUCUGUCAUUCUAGCUUGGGAAGAUGAGAUCCACAUGGUUGGUCCCAAUGGUGCCGCUGUCAAAUACUAUUAUGAUGACCAGGUUCAUGUCGUCCCCGAUAUUGAUGGAAUCCGGUUGAUCACGAACGAGGUGUGCGAAUUCUUACACAAGGUGCCCGAUCCACUAGAAGAAGUCUUCAAGCUUGGUUCGACAUCGGCUGCCUCGGUCCUUCUCGACUCAAUCGAGCUGCUAGAGAAGAAAUCACCAAAAGCAGAUGAGAACAUCCAACGAAUCAAACCCAAUCUGCCAGAUGCAGUAGAAACCUGUAUUCGAGCGGCUGGUCACGAGUUCAACCAGACCCUCCAGAAACAACUGCUCCGCGCCGCCUCCUUCGGCAAGUCAGUACUCGACCUGUACAGCAGUGAUGAGUUUGUCGACAUGUGUGAGGAUCUGAGAGUGUUGAAUGCCGUUCGGGACUACCGCAUAGGCCUCUACAUGACCUAUGAACAGUAUGUCAGGCUGACACCGGAACGGCUGAUAGCAAGGCUGGUCAAUCGACGAGAAUACCUUCUUGCAAUCAAGCUGUCAGAAUUUCUGCAUCUUCCUGCUAACAAAAUCUACGUCCAUUGGGCUAGCCAAAAAGUUCGAGGGUCGCCUGCAGACGACGACACAGUUCGAGAGAUUGUGGUGGACCGAUUACGCGGCAAACACGGGAUCUCUUUUGAGGCCAUUGCGCGUGCAGCCUACGACGAAGGGCGGAGCCAUCUCGCAACGACAUUGUUGAAUCAUGAACCUAGAGCGGGCAAACAAGUUCCUCUAUUACUCAAUAUGGAGGAGGAUGAGAUCGCACUUGAUAAAGCUAUCGAGUCUGGAGACACCGACUUGGUAUUCUUCGUGUUAUUGGAAUUGAAGAAGAAACUGCCACUGGCAACUUUCCUUCGCACCAUCAGCGAUAAGCCCGUGGCAUCAGCACUUGUUGAGAGUUCAGCAAGAGCGGGCGACAGAGAACUGCUCAAAGACUUGUACUAUCAGGAUGAUCGACCCAUUGAGGGUUCGAAUUUGUUGCUGGAAGAAGCCAUGCAACAAACGCAGGUUCAGGCAGUCAUUGACAAGCUCAAGUUAGCAGGCAGACUGCUCACUGAUGCAAAGGAUCCGACAGCGCAAUUCCACGCUAAAUCGCUGACAGAGGCUGGACAGCUUCUCAAGCUGCAGGAGGCGUUCGACAAGGACAUCACCGACGGCAGCGGAAGCUAUGUGGGAUUAAGCAUCAAUGAGACCAUGUUCCGCCUGAUCCAAUCUGGAUACAGCAAGCGGGCGGCCAAAGUUCAGGGCGACUUUCGGGUGCCAGAGAAGACAUGGUGGUGGAUUCGACUCCGGGCAUUGACCACAGCCCGUCUCUGGGGUGAGGUCGAGGAAAUUGCUAAGAGCAAGAAGUCACCGAUCGGAUGGGAGCCCUUCUACAACGAAGUCCUUGGAGCAGGUAAUACUCGCCUUGCCUCAUCAUUCAUUCCAAAAUGCACCAAUCUCCAACCUGCGGAGCGGAUUGAGAUGUGGGUCAAAUGUGGCAUGAUCGUGAAAGCUGGUGAGGAAGCCCUCAAAGCCAAGGACGUGAACUCGCUGGAGCUGCUGCGGGAUAAGGCCAACGGCCAACAAUUGGUCGAGAUCGAAAGGAUGCUCACACAUCUGCGUCCCAAGAAAUAA